AUGGGACGUUUUAAGCCAGAAAGACAAUCACAGAAUGAUGCCACAAUCGACGGAACCAAACCAAUUCCUUCUGUUCGUCAAGAGCAUGUUCAAAGUGCAAAAAAGCUUUUUGUGACUGGUCUUCCACCAACCUAUACCAACAACGACUUUAACAUUUUGAUGGGAACAGAGACCCCAGUCAAGAAAUCGUUUAUUAUUACAAAACCUGGCUCCAAGGUAUGUACUGGCAUUGGUUUUGCGAUAUAUGGAACAGAAGAAGAUGCUCAUAAAACUAAGAGCAAACUGAAUCGAGUUUUAGUUGAAAAAGACGGGAAACAGUUCUUAAUUCAAGUCAAGUUUUCUGAUAAAAAGGAGCAUGUUGAACGUAAAGCGCCGGUUAAUGUUGUCAAGCCAAAAAUGGAAGAAGAGUCCGACCUUUUAAAAUCCAAGCCAAUAAGUGUACCAACUGAAAAGAAAGAGAAGGUGGUUGAGAAAAAAGAGGAAAAACCCAUUGAAAAGAAAAAAGAGGAGAAAUUAAAUGUGACCGAAUUGGAGAAAAAUGAUAAGAAAAAGACGACCAAAGUUGUUGACGACAUUUUAGACCAAAUCGAGAAAGGUUGUUUCAAAGAAGAAGAAGAUCUUAAAGAACUCAAGAAGACUCGAAAAGAGCGAGAAAGAGAAGAAGAAUCAAGUAGUGACAAUGAAGAAGAUGAAGAAGUUCCGUCUAAACCAAUUAAAACCACGAAAAUAGGUGAUGGGCAUUUCAUCUUUGAACCUGAAGAACCCAAAAAGGUUCCACAAAAGACUGAUCGAAAAGAUCAAAAAAGUCGUCCACGUGAACGAAAUGUGAAAAACAAUUUCGGGAGAGAUCAAAAAAGUUAUGGAACAAAUGGUAAAAGAUAUUGA